AUGGUCAUUUGGCUUUUUCCCAUAAAUGUGAAUCUCCUCCUUCUACUGCUUAAGUCUCGGAUAAAUGCACGGAUAAAGCUCUCAACCGUGUCUCUAUGUGCUGCGGCACUUGUACCCGUUGCAGGUGCUGUGACGGUCAUACCAUCCACUUCCUUCUCCUCCUACUCGACGCUCGAAAGCUAUUGGAAUUAUCUGUACCCUUGGGGAUCAGAUCACAAUGGCAGUGCCCGAAUGGUUGGAAACUCGACUGUACAUAGCAACAUUGCUAUUGCUUCAAGUACGCUGAGCCUCAUAGCCACACCCACAUCAAAUGCUUCCCCGCCUACAAGCACAACUAAUCCACAUCUCGCCAUUCAUUACGCUAGUGGUGCAAUCAAUGCGAAAGACUACAUCACCGUGACCGCCAAAAACUCGUAUACAAUCUAUGGCGAAUUCAGCGCUCCGACAGCAGUAGGCACAUGGCCUGCAUUUUGGUUGACAGCAACGGGCAUAGGCGAAUGGAAAGGCACUGCUGAUAAUUGGUACAACACGUUCAACACCUCUUCAGUAGUCCAAUCGACUUUGGUGGACUGGCCCACCGAUCUCUCUUUUCAUUCACUGAAAGCGGUCCUCACUGCGGAAUCGAACGGGGAAGAUGUGAAGAUCGACUUUUAUAUGGAUAAUCAAUUCAAAGUCACUCAAUAUGGUGAAGGGUUUGUUGGAAGUGCCUUGUACUUGUUCAUGGAAGGCAGUUCUGGAACACCAGGUCCUACGGGGACAACGACGUACAAGGUUCGGAACGUUGAAGUAACUCGAACUGGGUCGUAG